GAAUCCAUUGCGAACAAACUCACGCUAUCCGCUCACAGUGCAUGGUUGAGUGAGUCACGACUCACCCGGGCCAUAUAAAGCCACCAGCCGAGCACACAGCCACGCGUCAACUGGGCUGCUGUUCACACAGAAAUAUAUAGGACAUUCUGAAUAGAAGAAGAUGCAGUCCAACCCGAAGUAUGACGAGAAGUCCUACGAAUCAGUAGCCAUGAUGGAUUCCAAAGACUGUAUCGACGACGAAGGCGAAAAAAAUGAAAAUAAGAGAGGACAUUGGGCAUCACAGCUGGAAUACCUUUUGUCUGUAGUAGGCUUCUGUGUUGCCCUUGGUAACGUAUGGCGAUUCCCCUACAUCUGCAACAGAAACGGAGGAGGUGCCUUCUUGAUUCCUUUCCUCGUGUGUCUUGUGUUGUGUGGUCUGCCUCUUUUCUUCCUUGAGAUGUCCCUUGGGCAGUUUUCAGCGAUGAGUCCGACACACGUAUGGAGCCUUUGUCCAUUGUUAAAGGGUAUCGGACUGAGUAUGAUGAUCAUGUGCUUCAGCUGUGUGGUCUACCUGACCGUCAUCUGCGCCUGGGCGCUCUACUACACCAUCUACUCCUGCAGAACCACCCUCCCGUGGACAGACUGUAACAACAUCUGGAACACCGACGCAUGCGUCACGAGCGUCAAGGCCUUAAACCAAAGACUAACUGAUGCGUUCAAUUCUACGAAUGUGAAUGGGACUGGACUAGUAAACAUGACCAGCGGCUUCAAUAGCGCCUACACAUCCGUGGCAGCAGCACACAGCAAUGGCACACACUUUGAUGACAAUCGGUGGAACAAUGACUCUCUAUCGCACACAGCAGCAGAGGAAUUCUGGCAAUACAAAGCUCUUGGUAUAUCGUCUGGCAUAAACUACCUUGGACCAAUCAAAUGGGAGCUGGCGUUGUGUCUUCUUGCGUCUUGGGUUAUCAUCUUUGUAUGUGUCGUAAGAGGUGUGAGAUCUGUAGGGAAGGCUGUGUACGUGACAGCUACCGUACCCUACGUCAUCCUGAUUGUCCUGCUGAUUCGUGGCCUGACUCUACCUGGAGGAACAGAAGGCGCUCUGUUUUACAUCACUCCAAACUUCAGUAAACUCCUGGAGAUACAGGUGUGGUUAGAAGCCUGUCUCCAGGUAUUCUACUCCCUGGGCCCGGCUUGGGGCUGUAUCAUCACCAUGGCCAGCUACACCAAGUUCAAUACCAACUGUCUCAGGAAUGCGGUUUUUUGCACGUUUGUGUGUGAAGGGACAAGCCUGUUUGCUGGCCUCGUCGUCUUCUCGAUCCUGGGAUUCAUGGCCAAAGAAGCAAAUGUGCCAAUAGAGGAUGUUGUGUCGUCAGGACCUGGAUUGGGCUUUGUUAUUUACCCAGAAGCCCUUUCCCAACUUCCGCUUCCGCAACUCUGGAGUGUCUUGUUCUUCAUCAUGCUUAUCCUCCUGUCACUGGACUCGCUGUUCUCGAUGGUUGAGACAGUCGUAACUGCCAUCUUAGAUGAAUAUCCCAAACUGAUCAGAUGGAGAGUACUAUUGAAUGGCGUCUACUGCAUUGUGUCAUUCCUCCUUGGACUUGUGAUGACCACUGAGGGUGGAGUGUACGUGUUCCAGUUGCUGGACUGGUACAUUGUCGCCAUUUUCCUCAUCUUCUCGGGUUUACUGGAGUGUGUCAUAGUGGCCUGGAUCUACGGUAUUGACCGUUUCAGUGACGACAUCGAGCUGAUGAUUGGCAGACCAGCUCCUCUGUUCUUCAAGAUUACGUGGUGUUAUAUCACCCCAGCCAUGCUUCUGACAACUCUCAUCUUCACCUUCACCCAAUACGAACCGCCAACAUAUGGCAAAUAUGUGUACCCCUAUCACACGAACGUUAUUGGCUGGAUCAUCGCAGCGAUUCCAUUGAUACCUGUCGUUGUUAUGAUUGUGGUCGCUAUUUACAAACAGAAGGGAAGCCUUUGGGAGAGAGUCAAGAUGUCUCUGGUACCAGAUGCAACAUGGGGUCCGGCUGACCAAUCGUACCGUGCUCACUACCUGGAGAAACACAGGAAACCGUCAACUCUCAAAAGUGCUUUCAAAUCGUCAGUGUCAUGCACAUAGAAGCACUGUAUCGCCAUAUUCUAUGCUUAGCAGAAAUGAGGUAUACACAUUGCAAUUGAUAUGAAAAUCCUCUAUAUCUUAAGGGCUAACAUGUUGGUAAACGUUCACCCACUGGGUCCAUUCUCGUGAUCUCAAAAUAAACAGAACUUGAUUUCUUUAGCCAGUUUGAAUUGCUAUGCUACACAGUCUAACGGACCAAUCAGAAUGUAAGUUCCAUACCAGCCUCAAUGUUGAGUUCGCGAUGUAAACAACUUGUCGGCCAGUCCUAUAGAUUACGAUAGAGUUCGCCAGAAAUCUAACAUUGAAAAACGAAAGCCCUCAGAAAAAGAUUUUUGAUACAAAGGAUGUCUUCAUGUCCACCUCCCUUACCCAUUUCCUUUUUCCUUAUCUCGACGUUUGAUUGGUCAGUAAAAUGUUAAUGAAAAUCAAAGGCGGGUAAUUUGAGAUCCCGAGAACGACGAAAAAGGAUCCAGGGGUUAGUAACGCUUUACCGAAAUGCGUGCCCUGGAGACAUAGAGGUUGGUUGACUUGAAGACAAGGGCAAACGGAAGUAAUUUGAACAGUUUCUGCGCCGCCAGUUGGUGUUGUGUCAUGAGGUUCACGAAAUUAUUUCCAAUAUGGAUUCCUGAGCUUCUGAGCUUCUGAGUUUCUAUUAGUCGAGUCGAGCCAAGUGCCUAAGGAAUACACUGGGAGUAAGGGAAACUAAAGAAGGCUCAUAUUUUCAACUUUUUAUAUACAUUAUUUCUUACUGUAGUAUUUCAUAGUCACAAAGUAAUAUUGCAUAUCCAUGUUUUCUGGUUCCUUCUAUUGCAUGUUUUGUAUAUUCAUAUGUCCUUUAUAGUAAUUUGAGGGGCAAAAGAAAGUGUAUCGAGUUUGAUGUUUUAUGUAAUUGAAAACUGAAAGAAGUGUUGUUAAUUUGAGUUUAACCGUCACUCUUCUCUGCAACAGUGUGUGAAUAAUAAUUUCUGGCUGGGUAAUUUGGGUUCAACGGAGACUGGGGUAAGAAAUGAAUUUGCAACAGCAUGACCCCUACAAUGUUUGAAAAGUUGUAAAUUAGUGCCGAAAAAUAUUAAUUGUGAUUUUAUGGAAAAUAUGUCUUAGAUACCCAUCAGCUGUUGUGUAUUUUGCGAUUGUUUUUCAUAUAUUUUAUAAGAUUUAAGAAUUCUUUAAAUGUAACACCAGUACAUUUCACUUUUCACUAAUGAUACGUCCCGUGAAAACCCGGGGUAGAAAAGGUCUUAAGCAAACCAUGCUUGUCGUAAAAGGCGACUAUGCUUGUCGUAAGAGGAGACUAACGGGAUCCGGUGGUCAGGCUCGCUGACUUGAUUGAUGCAUGUUAUCGUUUUC